AUGGGAAAGCUUAAAAAAGGCAAAUCAAAAGCCCCUCGUCCAGUAAAACUGAGCCGCAAAGAAAUUCGCAAACAAAAAUCCGAGGAAAAGAAGCAAAACAAACGUUUAUUUUUCUCCAGUAAAACGGAGGGUAAAAAGCUGGUUGCAGAAGCUAAACAACAAAAACAAUUAACUAAAAACAAAAACGGUGCAAAGAAACAGAAAACCAAAAAAUCCAAACCCACUGUAAAUCCUGAGGAUAUACCAUUGGAGCAACUUUUGUCGGGUGAUGUUGAUUCGGAUAAUGAUGAAUCUAUCGAUUCCGAUUUUUCUGACGAGGAUGUUAACGCUCGGCUACCCAAUUCAUUUAAAACCAAACGUUCCGCCGAUGAAGAACCCAAUAAGCCGCCGAUUAAGAAAGCCAAACCCCAAACAACAAAUCGUCCCAAUAUUGAAGAUCAGCAUCGACGUGAACUACAGAAGCAAAAGGAAUUAGAGAAUGCAUCACGUAAACAACGUAUCAAGCAAUUGAAAUUGGAAAAUGAGGAAGAGGACAAGAUCAUUGCCAAGCUGGAGAAAAAACUGGGUCUGAAUAAAACAAAAAAUAAAAAUCGUUUGGUUAGGAAAAUGUUCAAUGAUGGUCUGGACUUUGCUUUGGAGCUGUGUCUGGACGAUGAGGAGGAGGAAGAAAAGAAAUUGCUCAAAGAAAAGCGAAAGGAAGAACUUAAGAAACAAAACAAAGAACCAUCAUGGAGUGAUGAGGAGCAGGAUGAGGAACGUUUCAAUGCCAUCUUUGGUAGUGGUGGUGAAUCGGGCGAGUCAGAUGGUGAUGAAGGUGCUUUUGAUGCAAGCGAAAUGGAGGAUGACGGUGAUGAUGAUCUUGACGAAGAUGAAGGCGAUGAAGAAUUUGAUGAGGAUGAGGAAGGUGAUGGGGGUAGUGAUGAGGAAAUUGGAGACUCCGAUGGUGAUGACGAGGAUGAAAAGAAGGAAGAAGAAUAUAAAGAAGAUAUUUACGGACGCAAACGUGAUAAAGAUGGCAAUAUAAUUACAGAACCAGCCGCAGAUGGUCCACAAAAAUAUAUACCACCACAUCAGCGAGCACUUCUAGCAGCUAAAAGCGAUGAUAAACAAGCCCAGAUUCUUGAACGUCUGCGAAAACAAUGUAAAGGUCUGCUAAAUCGUCUAUCAGAAGCAAAUCUUCAUAAGAUUUCAUCAGGCAUUGAGGAACUGUAUAUGAAAAAUUCCCGUUUCAAUAUGAACGAAACUCUAAAUAAAUUGUUGCAGGAAGCUCUCGUCAGCAAAGUUAUGAGUAACGAACGAAUGGUACAAGAACAUAUGGUAUUACUGGCCUAUUUACAUGCUCAUAUUGGCAGUGAAAUUGGUGCACAUUUCCUGCAAAUGUUCAUUGAACAGUUUGAUGCCUUCAUAAAGGACAUUGAUAAUAUCCAGCAAGAAGAUAAGAGGCUGAACAAUGUAGUUCUCCUUCUCAGUUAUAUGUAUGUUUUUAAAAUAUUUGAACAUCGUUUGCUAUUGGAGAUUAUAGAUCGUCUGUCUGGUCAAUUGAAUGAAAAGACCAUCGAAUGUUUGUUGCUGAUAUUCCAAUCGGUUGGUUUUAAGCUGAGAAAGGAUGAUCCUUUGGCCUUCAAACAAAUGAUGUUAAAUGUUCAGUCCAAAAUUGCUGCAUCUCCCCUAGAACUUAAAGAGAAUCUAAGACUUAAAUUCAUGGUUGAUAUUUUGAAUGCCGUAAAGAAUAAUAACAUCAAUAAAAUACCCAGAUUUGAUCCGGAAUUACAUGAAAACUUGAGGAAAAAACUAAAGGCCAUGUUGAGAAAUGACAAAUAUGUCAUAACCCUCAACAUAACCAUGGAAGAUUUGUUACGGGCUGAUACUGUGGGAAAAUGGUGGAUUGUUGGUUCGGCGUGGACGGGCAAUAUUAAUGAAAUGGCUGCAGCACAAAAGAAACAAGAGAAUGGAGAUGCGAAUAACAAGUCGGAAAGAUUUUCAGAACAAUUACUGAAGUUGGCCAAACAGCAAAAAAUGAACACCGAAGAACGACGAAACAUUUUCUGCAUAAUUAUGAGUGCUGAUGAUUACAUAGAUGCAUUCGAAAAGAUUUUACAUUUGGCGGUGAAAGAUUUACGUUCCAUUGCAUAUGUCAUCAUACUUUGUUGCCUGAAUGAAAAGGCCGCCAAUCCCUAUUAUGCCCAUUUGGCCUUGAAGUUCUGCCACUACAAUCGUAAAUAUCAACUGGCCUUCCAGUUUGCCUCAUGGGAUCGUAUUAAUGAAAUUGAUUCCUUGAAUAAAAUUCAAGUGCGGAACUUGGCACGUUUCCUGCAACAUCUCAUCUUAAAUAAUGGUUUACAGUUGGCGGUAUUGAAAAUUAUUGAUUUCCUACAAAUUGAUAAACAAAGUUUUGCUUUGAUGAAGGAAAUUUGUAAGGGUCUACUGUUGGCUAACGAAGAACAGGAUAUAUAUCAAGCAUUUGAAAGAUUAGCGAAGAAUAAUAAAUUACGUCAAUUCAAACAGAGCAUAAGACUUUUCCUGCAACAUUUUAUGUUGAAGGAACAGAGUGCAACGUUGAAGCUGUCCGAUGAGCAAAUGGAACUGCUACAAAGACGUGUGGAAUAUGUAGAUCGAUUGUUGGCAUAUGUUGAAUUGUAAAUAU